AUGCAUACUGCUGUUAAGGACCUGAUGAUUGAUGGUCCAACAUCGAAUGCUGAUGUACACGCUGAUCCAGAUGCUUGUACCACGUUCAGACCUCAGCCGACUGUUGAACCAGCUCAACCUCCUCCUCAACCAGCUACUGACACAACCCCUCCUGAGUUUGUCGCCAAGCUAAUGGAAUUUAUAGAAGCUCAAAUGGCUCACAAUGCCAAGAUGCUAGAGUCACAGACCAGAAUGGAAGAUGUUGAUGCUAUUCAAGCACAUUUGGGCAUAAAGCUUUUGACGGAGCUUACGGCGGCAACUGCUAGAUGUUUUGGUGAGGCGGCGAAUAUCCUUAGCGGUUUGGAUCCUCAAAUUAGGAGAAAUCUCCAAUGCUCGAAUUUUAGAGAGAGAGAAUGCGGCGACGCUAAAAGGGAUGAUCGUUGUUUCGGCGUGACGGCGACAGUGAUACCAUCGUCGAAGGUUGCCGUCACCUUCCUCACCGUCGCCGAGGUUGCCGUCACCGUCCUCACCGUCGCCGAGGUUGCCGUCACCGUCCUCACCGUCGCCGAGGUUGCCGUCAUCGUCCUCACCGUCGUUGUUCCCUCAUAUCGUUUCCGUUUUCGCAUCAUGGUAUUACACUUAGCUUUUCCAAUUUUCAUUUCAUCAUAUUACAAUAUGUCCCUUCAGAUCAAUGUUGAUCGUAAGUCCAGUUUUUUCAAAGUCAUUGUCGAGACAACUCUUCAAACAAACGAGCUGAUGCUUCCAAGGAGUUUUGUGAAGAAAUAUGAGAAAGAAUUAUCAAACCCAGUAACUCUCAUUUUACCAAAUGAUGAUAAAUGGGAAAUAAAUUGGAUAAAACGUGACAAUGAUGUGUGGUUUCAAAAUGGUUGGGAAAAAUUUGCACAACACUAUUCAAUGAGUCAUGGACAUUUUUUAGUUUUUAAAUUUGAUAGAGGGUCUAAAUUUCAAGUUAUGAUAUUUGAUAAGAGUGCUUUGGAAAUAGAUUAUUGGAGUAUAACAACAAGCUCUAGAAAUGAUGGUGAAAGGAACAACCAAAAUCAUGAAGAUGUUGAAAAGUGUGAAAAUGAUAAUAAUUAUACUGAGAUUUCUGUUGAGAGUGAAAGGCCAAGAUUUCUAUCACCUCAACCUCACAAAAGAAUGAAAACAAAUUAUGGUCCAUCUCAAAGGAAAAGCCUAGAAAAGGAAACAUUCAAUUUAGACUCUAAAGUCACAGGAGAGUUAAUUUUCUUUAUUUUUAAAUUAUUUUUAUUGAAUCAUUUAUUAUAGUGUUCAAUUUUUCAU